AAGAUGGCGGCUGUCAGUUAACUUGGCAAGCCGCGCUGUUUUUGUUUUGCUUCUCGGCUACGAAUAUCUGGCAGAGCCCGUGACAUCUGUGUGUUCGAGAUGAGGGCCGUUUCAUUUUUAGAUAAAGUAGAGUACGAAUUUGUUGGCAACUUUAUGCAGCACGCAAUAUGUCUCGGAGAUGUUGACAAUGACAAGAACGUUGAACUGGUGGCCGGCAACCUUCAGGGGGAACUCGCUGUCUUCAAGUUCCAGCAACCUAGACCAUGGGCUCUGGCAUCGAACUUGGGGGCGGUGGCUGCUGUGAUCGUUGGCGACAUCCUGAAUGACUCUCAGAACAAGGUUCUUAGCAUCAGCGGUGAUGGCUGGUGCCACAUGUUUGCUCUGCAGGCAGACACAAAUGAGGAUGAUCGGAAGCAGCUCCAGCCUUUCCACAGCCAGCGGUUGCCUGCAAACACAAAGAUGGCCCUGCUGGCUGAUAUCAACAAGGAUGGGAAGAUGGAGCUAAUCCUUGGCCUGACUGAUCGUGUUGUAAGGACGUACCAGUGGAGUUCACUAAGUGAGAGUGGAACGGAAAGCCAGGGCAAGCUGGUGGGCCUGCACAAGUGGGAGUUUGCAAACCAGGUGGGCAACAUCUCGCUCAACAACACACCUGAAGGGGGCCUGGCCAUCCUGGUCGCGCAGCCUGGUGGCACCUACAUCAAGCUUGACUUUGGCACGUCUAAGGCUAGUCCCGCCCAUGACAGCAGCCCUGGGGAAACUGCUGCAAGCAAUGGAGUGGCAACUGAAGACAGUGCCCUGCUGAUGUCAGUGAGUCCGCAGCACCACAAGCUGGGCCUGUCCCACAUGCGUAAUCCCAACGUGUCGUCGGUUAUUGUGGGCAGCAUCCUGGGCACCACCCGGGCUGGGGAGCCGGUCAGCUCCCUCAUGGCCCUGGCCACGUUGGACGGCACGCUGAUGCUGGUCGAUGACGGAGACAACAUCCUGUGGUCCCUGCAGGUGGAUCACCAGCUGUUCGCCCUCACCAAGAUGGAUGUAGUGGGGGAUGGCCGUGAAGAGGUAAUAGCAUGUGCAUGGGAUGGCCAGACAUACAUUGUCAACGAAGAACGGCAGUCGGUGCGCUUCCAGUUUGACGAGGCAGUAUGCACGUUCACGGCAGGUAAUAUGUCACUAAGUUCCGGUGAGACGCAGCCCUGCCUCGUAUAUGCGACGUUCAACAAUCGCAUCGUCGUCUACUACAACAUCACCUUCACAAACAUGGCCACGCAGUCGCUGCUCGAUGAUGCUCAGCUCGUGGCCGCGGUUAACGCACUCGUUCCAGAUGUGGACCCACGUAAAUUUCUCCAGUGGUGUCUGUAUGGAUCUCGGCCACUGCUAGGGGAUCAAGCUUCAUCCAGGGCUUCAGAGCAUCCCGUGGAAGGCACCGACUCAGAUGGAGGAACCGAAGAGGCGGAAUGAGCCGACAGGUCCGACAGCGUCCCAAGACACACCGGUUACGGCACUGUGAGCUCUGUGUGUUUUGUUUGAACAUUAAUAAGCGUCUCGGCCACCUUGAACUAGCAUUGCGCCUUAGGGGAGCAUCGUUAAAGGCUUCUUUGGAAAUUUUAGUCAUGCACUGCUAAUUGUAAAGGACUGUGCAGAUGCUGUGCUGCACCGUGUGAAGUACCGUAAAAACCGGACUAUAGGUCGGACCGCAAUAUAGGACGACCCCCCAAACUUCGAAUCGUAAAAAAAGAAAUUAAAAAAAAAAUCGCAAAGUAUCGCGGCACGCCCUCACCUUGAUAAAAACGCAACGCAACUAGCUGCACUGUGGUGACAUUUAUUUUUAUUUACACACUGUUCAAUGCUAGGUGGUCACGAAGUUACUCGGACUCAUCCGAACUCGAGUCGGAUGAUGUUUGUUUUUCACUAGCGACGUCCCAUAGUGCAUCGUCCUCUGAGCCAUCUAACGCGUUGCUGAUGCAACAUUUGCGGAAGGAUUUGCGAACCAUCUCUUCCGGGAGGGAUUUCCAGGCUGAGGACACCCAGCCACAAACGGUUGCGAGCGGUGGACGCCGUAGGCGGCCAGCGGGGGUCUUGGGAUUGCCUCCCAGCAUCCACUCACUGUAGAGCUCGCGCACGCGAUCUUUAAACGGCUUGUUUAGCACAACAUCCAGUGGUUGGAGUAUAGAGGUCAGUCCCCCGGGGAUGACAACAAGAUCAGUCUUGCCAUCGGACAGCGAU